AUGUCCGAGAAUGGCGAUACAGACCGUCAUCAUGCAAAUGAGGACCCCAGUGACUCUCGAGCUCAUUCUAGAAAUGAGGACUCAGAUCCAACAGCUGAAGGGAAAAGCGUCUUAAUAAAAAAUCUUAAAUUUGAAACCUCUCCUGCCAAAGUCAGAAAAAUUUUCGAAAAAUAUGGAGCAGUGCGAGAUGUUUAUAUCCCACUCGACUACUUCUCAAGAAGGCCAAGAGGCUUUGCCUUCGUGGAGUUUUUUUCCGCUGAUGAUGCGGGAGUUGCAGUUAAAAGUGUACACAAGACGGUGGUUGAUGGAAAUGAAGUAAGAGACAUCGAUGUCAUAGAACGGCCUGAAAGUAAUGAGCUCUGA